UGUAUCUCCAACCUCAUUAAAAGGUAUUUCCUAUCUCCAAGAAAUACAAUGGCUUCAACAAAUAAGUACCAAUGCAUCUGCUUUAGUGUGCUAUUCAUUUUGGGAGUUUUGGCUUCUCAAGUGAAUUCGCGCUCUCUCCAGGAUGCAUCCAUUGCUGAGAAGCAUAAGCAAUGGAUGGCUCGUUAUGGACGUGUAUACAAGGAUCUUGAAGAGGAGGGGCAACGGUUGGAGAUAUUCAAGGACAAUGUGGAGUAUAUAGAAUCUUCCAACAAAGCCGCAACCAAGCCUUACAAACUUGGGGUUAAUCAAUUUGCAGAUCUUACGAAUGAAGAGUUCAAACUACACAACACAUACAAGAGCCAUAGGUUCUCAACUGCAUCAUCUUCCUUUAAAUAUGAAAAUGUGACUGAUGUGCCAUCUUCUCUGGAUUGGAGGACGAAAGGGGCUGUAACACCUAUUAAAGACCAAGGCCAAUGUGGAUGUUGCUGGGCAUUUUCUGCUGUGGCAUCCGUGGAAGGAAUAACUGAGAUAACAACCGGUACAUUAAUCUCUUUGUCUGAGCAAGAGCUAGUCGAUUGUGACACUAGUGGUCAAGAUCAAGGCUGCAAUGGUGGUCUCACGGACAGUGCCUUCCAAUUUAUUAUACAGAAUCAAGGCCUCACCACUGAAGCAAACUACCCUUACCAGGGAACUCAAGGCACUUGCAACCAAAAUGCAGCUGCUAAUUCUGCAGCCACGAUAACUGGCUACGAAGAUGUUCCCGCCAAUAGUGAGAGUUCUUUGUUGAAGGCUGUUGCAAACCAACCUGUCUCUGUGGCCAUAGAUGGGGGGGAUCCUGACUUCCAGUUCUAUUCAGGCGGUGUUUUUACAGGAGAAUGUGGCACCCAACUUGACCAUGGUGUUGCAGCUAUUGGUUAUGGAACCACAGACGACGGGACCAAGUAUUGGAUAAUCAAGAACUCAUGGGGCACAACAUGGGGCGAACAAGGGUACAUGCGCAUACAGAGAGACGUUGCUGCAAAGGAAGGCCUUUGUGGUCUUGCAAUGGAACCUUCAUAUCCUACCGCAUGAAGUUGAAUAUUAAAAUAAGCGACAGAUUAUGUAAAAUAUUAAAGCCAUAUUAUACUGUGUCUUCUCUAUCUAUCUUACUGUCAUUAUUGAUGAAAAAAGCUUGUAUAUUUAGCACAUAAUUGUGCAUUCUAUCAUCUUGUUGAUGAUUAUCCAUAAUAUAGUAAAUUUGAUUCUCA